AUGUAUCCGUUUUGGCAGAACGAUACCAAAACCCCCAAAGUGGACGAUGGAAGCUCCUCAGAGAUCAAGCUGGCCAUCCCUGUUUUCUUCUUUGGCGUCCCUUACCGCACCGUCUAUGUCAACAACAACGGCGUCGUGUCCUUCAAUGUGCUCGUGAGCCAGUUCACGCCCGAGUCCUUCCCGCUGACGGACGGCCGCGCCUUCAUCGCCCCGUUCUGGGCGGACGUGCACAACGGGAUCCGAGGCGAGAUCUAUUACAGGGAGACCAUGGACCCCGUCAUCCUAAAAAGGGCCACCAAGGACAUCAGGAAGUACUUCAAAGACAUGGCGGCCUUCUCUGCCACUUGGGUUUUCAUUGUCACGUGGGAGGAAGUCACGUUUUAUGGCGGGAGCAGCACCACACCCGUGAACACUUUCCAGGCCGUGCUGGUGUCCGACGGCUCCUACACCUUCACACUCUUCAAUUACUACGAGAUCAACUGGACCACGGGGACAGCGAGCGGGGGCGACCCCCUGACAGGGCUGGGUGGCGUCAUGGCUCAGGCAGGAUUCAACGGCGGGAACCUGACCAAUUUCUUCAGCCUCCCGGGGUCGAGGACCCCCGAUAUUGUGAAUAUCCAAGAGACCACGAACGUCAACGUUCCAGGCCGCUGGGCGUUCAAAGUUGACGGGAAGGAAAUUGACCCGGCCAACGGCUGCACCUCCCGAGGACAGUUCCUGCGGCGAGGAGAGGUGUUCUGGGAAGACCUGAACUGCACCAUCAAGUGCCGCUGCCUGGACUUCAACAAUGAGAUCUACUGCCAGGAGGCGGCCUGUGGCCCCUACGAGCUGUGCGAGCCCAGGGGCCGCCUCUUCGCCUGCAGCGCCCUGGAGACCAGCACGUGCGUGGUGUUCGGCGAGCCGCACUACCACACCUUCGACGGCUUCCUCUUCCACUUCCAAGGCUCCUGCGCCUACCUGCUGGCCCGCCAGUGCCUGCACGCCUCCAGCCUGCCCUUCUUCAGCGUGGAGGCCAAGAACGAGCACCGUGGGGGCUCGGCCGUGUCCUGGGUGAAGGAGCUCUCGGUGGAGGUGAACGGCUACAAGAUCCUCAUCCCCAAAGGCAGCUACGGGAAAGUCAAGGUCAACGACCUGGUGACCUCUUUGCCUGUCACCUUAGACCUGGGGGCAGUGAAGAUCUACCAGAGCGGCAUGGCCACUGCCGUGGAGACGGACUUCGGGCUCCUGGUGACGUUCGACGGGCAGCACUACGCCUCCAUCUCCGUGCCCGGCUCCUACCUCAACUCCACAUGCGGGCUCUGCGGCAACUACAACAAGAACCCUCUGGACGACUUCCUGCGGCCCGACGGCCGACCGGCCAUGUCCGUGCUGGACCUGGGCGAGAGCUGGCGGGUGUACCACGCCGACUGGCAGUGCAGCUCGGGCUGCGUGGACAACUGCACCCAGUGCGACGCGGCUACCGAGGCGCUCUUCUGGGGCCCGGACUACUGCGGCUUCCUCAACCGGAGCGACAGCCCGCUGGGCGAGUGCGGCUCCGUGGUGGACCCCACGGCCUUCCUGCACAGCUGUGUGUAUGACCUGUGCAGCGUGCGUGACAAUGGCACCCUGUUGUGCCAGGCCAUCCAGGCCUACGCGCUGCUCUGCCAGGCCCUGGGCAUCCCCAUCGGGGACUGGAGGAGCCAGACAGGAUGUGUGUCCACGGUGCAGUGCCCGAGCUUCAGCCACUACUCCGUGUGCACCAGCAGCUGCCCCGACACCUGCUCGGACCUCACGGCCUCGCAGAACUGCGCGGCGCCCUGCACGGAGGGCUGCGCCUGCAACGACGGCUUCGUGCUCAGCGCCGGGCAGUGCGUGCCCCUGUACCAGUGCGGCUGCGACUUCGACGGCCACUACCACGCCCUGGGCGAGUUCUUCUGGGCCACGGCCAACUGCACGGUGCAGUGCCUGUGCGAGGAGGGCGGCGACGUGUACUGCUUCAACAAGACGUGCCGCGCGGGCGAGGUGUGCGCCGUGGAGGACGGCUACCAGGGCUGCUUCCCGCGCCGCGACACGGCCUGCCUGCUCAGCCAGCUGCAGGUGCUGCACACCUUUGAUGGUGCCGCCUACGCCUUCCCUGCCGACGUCUCCUACACCCUCCUGCGCACCUGCCCCCAGCACCCCGACUACCUGGAGAUUGACAUCAGCAAGAAGAAGCCGGAUGCCGGGCCCGGCUGGCUGCGUGGGCUCCGCAUCCUCGUGGCCGACCAGGAGGUCAAGGUCGGAGGCUUUGGGGCCUUGGAGGUCAAGGUGAAUGGCCAGGAAGUGGACCUGCCCUUCUUCCACCCCUCGGGGAGGCUGGAAAUCUUCCGCCACAGGAACAGCACCACCGUGGAGUCUCGGGGCCUGCUGGCCGUGCAGUACUCGGACACGGGGCUGCUGUCCAUCCGCCUCUCCACCGCCUACUUCAACUGCACGGGCGGCCUGUGCGGCUUCUUCAACGCCAACGCCAGCGAUGAGUUCUGCCUGCCCAGCGGCAAGUGCACGGACAACCUGGCCGCCUUCCUGGAGGGCUGGGCCACGUUCGAGGAGAUCUGCAACGGCGAGUGCGGAGACCUGCUCAAGGCCUGCGGCAACGACUCGGAGCUGCUCAAGUUCUACCGCAGCCGUGCCCGCUGCGGCGUCAUCAACGACCCCUCCAACAGCUCCUUCCUGGACUGCCACGGCGUGGUCAAUGUCACCGCCUACUACCGCACCUGCCUCUUCCGCCUGUGCCAGAGCGGAGGCAACGAGUCGGAGCUCUGCGACUCCGUGGCCCGCUACGCCGGUGCCUGCAAGAACGCCGAUGUGGAGGUGGGCCCCUGGAGGACCUACGACUUCUGCCCUCUCGACUGCCCGGAGAACAGUCACUUCGAGGAGUGUGUGGCGUGCACGGAGACCUGUGAGACCCUGGCCCUGGGGCCCAUCUGCGUGGACAGCUGCUCCGAGGGCUGCCAGUGUGACGAGGGCUACGCCCUGCAGGGCAGCCAGUGCGUCAGCCGGAGCGAGUGUGGCUGCAACUUCGAGGGCCACCUGCUGGCCACCAAUGAGACCUUCUGGAUGGACCAGGACUGCCAGGUCUUCUGCUACUGCAACGGCAGCGACAACAGCGUCCACUGCGAAACCCUCCCGUGCAGGGAAGAUGAGUUCUGCAUGGAGGAGGACGGCCUGCACUACUGCCAGCCUCGCACCGACGCCUCCUGCAUCGUCGCUGGCUACGGCCACUACCUCACCUUCGACGGCUUCGCCUUCGACUUCCAGACGAGCUGCCCACUCAUCCUGUGCACCACUGGGAGCAGGCCCAGCUCUCACACGCUCCCCAAGUUCACCGUCACCGCCAGGAAUGAGGACCGAGACCCAUCUCUGGCCCUAUGGGUCAAGCAGGUGGACGUGACUGUGUUCGGUUAUAGCAUCGUGAUCCACAGGGCUUACAAGCACACGGUGCUGGUCAACCACGAGCGCCUCUACCUGCCCCUGAAGCUGGGGCAGGGGAAGGUCAACAUCUUCUCCUUCGGCUUCCAUGUGGUGGUGGAGACAGACUUCGGCCUGAAGGUCGUGUACGACUGGCGGACCUUCCUGUCCAUCACGGUGCCGCGGAGCCUGCAGAACGCCACGCAGGGCCUUUGCGGGCGCUACAACGGCGACCCUGAAGACGACCUGGAGCUGCCCCUGGGCCUGCCGGCGGCCAGCGUCAGCGAGUUUGGCCAGAGCUGGGUGCAGAGGGACACCUUCUGCCAGGUGGGCUGCGGGGACCACUGCCCGACCUGCACCAAGGUGGAGACGUUCUCCAAGGCCCAGCAGCUGUGCGGCCUCAUCCCCAGCCCGCUGGCCGGCUUCACCAAGUGCCACAGCAAGGUCAACCCCGCCUUCUUCCACAAGAACUGCCUGCUGGACGCCUGCGUGGACGGCGGUGCCAUGCAGACCGCCUGCUCUUGGCUGCAGAACUAUGCCAGCACGUGCCAGACACAGGGCAUCGCUGUCACCGGCUGGAGGAAUUACACAUCCUGCACGGUCACCUGCCCCGCCAACAGCCACUACGAGAGCUGCGUGAGCGUGUGCCAGCCGCGCUGCGCCGCCAUCCGCCUCAAGAGCGAGUGCGCCCACUACUGCGUGGAGGGCUGCCAGUGCGACGCGGGCUACGUGCUCAACGGCAGAAGCUGCAUCCUGCCGCACAACUGCGGCUGCUACGCCGACGGCAAGUACUACGAGCCCAAGCAGCUGUUCUGGAACAGCGACUGCACGCGGCGCUGCCGCUGCUUCCGCCGCAACCUGAUCCAGUGCGACCCGCGCCAGUGCAAGUCGGACGAGGCGUGUGCGCUGCGCCACGGCCUCCGCGGAUGCUUCGCCACGCGCUCGUCCUACUGCCUGGCGGCGGGCGGGGGCGUCUUCCGCACCUUCGACGGCGCCUUCCUGCGCUUCCCCGCCAACUGCGCCUUCGUGCUCUCCACCAUCUGCCAGAAGCUGCCCGACGUCUCCUUCCAGCUCAUCAUCAACUUCGACAAGUGGUCCUCGCCCAACCUCACCAUCAUCUCGCCCGUCUACUUCUACAUCAACGAGGAGCAGAUCCUCAUCAGUGACCGCAACACCGUCAAGGUAAACGGCACCCAGGUGAACGUCCCGUUUGUCACGGGCUUGGCCACCCGCAUCUACAGCAGCGAGGGCUUCCUGGUGAUCGACACCAGCCCCGACAUCCAGAUCUACUACAACGGCUACAACGUCAUCAAGAUCAGCAUCAGCGAGCGGCUGCAGAACAAGGUGUGCGGCCUCUGCGGCAACUUCAACGGGGACCUGACCGAUGACUACGUGACCCUGCGGGGCAAGCCAGUGGUGAGCAGCGUGGUGCUGGCACAGAGCUGGAAGACCAACGGCAUGCAGAAGAGCUGCAAUGAGCUCCAGUUCUCCCAGUACGCGGCCACGUGUGACAACGUGGACGUCCAGCGCAUGCAGGGCGAUGGCCACUGCCUGAAGCUCACGGACAUGAAGGGCUUCUUCCAGCCCUGCUACGGGCUGCUCGACCCGCUGCCCUUCUACGAGUCCUGCUACCUGGACGGCUGCUAUAACCACAGGAAGUUCCAGCUGUGUGGCUCGCUGGCCGCCUACGGGGAGUCCUGCCGCUCCUUCGGUAUCCUCAGCACCGAGUGGAUCGACAAGGAGAACUGCUCAGGAGUGGUCGAAGACCCCUGCGUGGGGGCGGACUGUCCCAACCGGACGUGUGAGCUGGACAACGGAGGCGAGUUGUGUGGCUGCAUCGAGCCGCCGCCCUACGCCAACAACUCGCACGACAUCAUCGACGCGGAGGUGACGUGCAAGGCGGCCCAGAUGGAGGUGUCCAUCUCCAAGUGCAAGCUCUUCCAGCUGGGCUUCGAGCGGGAGGGCGUGCGGGUCAACGACAGGCAGUGCUCGGGCAUCGAGGGCGAGGACUUCAUCUCCUUCCAGAUCAACAACACCAAAGGCAACUGCGGCAACAUGGUGCAGUCCAACGGCACGCACAUCAUGUACAAAAACACAAUCUGGAUCGAAAGUGCCAACAACACCGGCAACAUCAUCACCAGGGACCGGACGAUCAACGUGGAGUUUUCGUGCGCUUACGAGCUAGAUAUCAAGAUCUCCUUGGACUCCGUGGUGAAGCCCAUGCUCAGUGUCAUCAACCUCACGGUGCCAACGCAAGAGGGCAGCUUCACCACCAAGAUGGCGCUCUACAAGAACGCCUCCUACAAGCAUCCCUACCGCCAGGGCGAGGUGGUACUGACCACGCGGGACGUGCUGUACGUGGGGGUCUUCGUGGUGGGUGCCGAUGCCACACAUCUCAUCCUCACGCUGAACAAGUGCUACGCCACCCCCUCCCGUGACAGCAACGACAAGCUCCGCUACUUCAUCAUCGAAGGCGGGUGCCAAAACAUUAAGGACAACACCAUCGGCAUCGAGGAGAACGGGGUCUCCCUGACCUGCCGCUUCCACGUCACCGUCUUCAAGUUCAUCGGGGACUACGACGAGGUGCACCUGCACUGUGCCGUCUCCCUCUGCGACUCGGAGAAGUACUCCUGCAAGAUCAACUGCCCCCAGAAUUCCAGGGCUGCCACGGAUCCUAGCAAAGAACCGAAGGAGCAGAUCAUUUCAGUGGGACCUAUUAGGAGAAAAAGGCUGGACUGGUGUGAGGACAACGGUGGCUGCGAGCAGAUCUGCACGAGCCGGGUGGACGGGCCUCUGUGCAGCUGUGUGACCGGGGCACUGCAGGAGGAUGGCCGGAGCUGCCGAGCCUCCAACUCCUCCACUGACCUUCACGUGUGGACGCUACUGCUCGUCGUGACCCAGCUCACACUGUGGCCUCUUGUCUGUGAACCCGGCAUGGUGUCCUAG